AUGGUUGUGUGUUUUUUUGCUGGACUGAAUUUUAAUUGACAUUUAUUCCGAGGGUCAGGAGAAAUGCCAUUGUACUUCCGUUUUUGUCUUUUAUCUCCUUUUUAGGGAUUUAUCGUCAAUCCUGCGAGCGCGCGCGCGAUUUCUUUCUAUCUUUCUAUAAAGCAAAUCCUGGUCCCCGCUCUUUUCUCGUUUCUUUAAAGUAAAAUGAUCGUUAAAAGUACGCUCCCGGCCCUUUUCGGAGCAUUAUUCUUUUCUUUUACUGCCAUGGGUAAGAAAUUCACUCCUGCUCAUCUCAUCGAACUUCCAAGACCUACUGCGCCUGUAACUUCACCCAAUGGCACCUUUGCUGUCUAUUCCCAGUCAGCCUACAAUAUCGAGGAUUCCAAGACUAUUCGUAGCCUUUAUCUUUUAAAUAUCGAGACAAACUCGGUUGAACAGCUGACUGAACCCUCUUACAAGACAAGUGACAGUGAGCCUUUCUUUUUGGAUGAUAGCCAUAUUGCCUAUUUCCAUCAUGACCAAGACCUAAAAGAAGAAGUGGAUCAAUUGUAUGUCUUGAACUUGGCUGACAAGAGCCCUUAUCGCUUAACUGAUUUCCCUACUGCAUUUGGUAACGUAAAGUAUAAUGUUGAUCAUAAGUUACUUGCCUUCUCUUCUGCUGUUUACCCAGAUGAUGGCACAUUGGAAGGAGCAGCUGCAAGGGAUAAAGAAAUUGCUGAAACCAAGAAGGAUACCGGUAUGAUGUUUGAUCACCUCAUGGUCAGACAUUGGGAUAGUUUUGUUCAAGAGAAAAAGAACAAUAUAUUUGUUGUUCAUCUUGAAAUCAAAGACAACAGGUAUCAACUUGCAGACAAGCCCAUCAAUCUACUUAAAGGUUCUGGACUGGAAUCACCCAUUUUCCCUCUGGGCGACGCUGGUGAUUUUGCAAUCUCUCCCGAUGCUUCUCAACUUGCUUUCCUUGCUAAAUCAACCAAACCAGACAAUGCCUGGCAAACAUCUGCUCAUAUCUACCUUGUGUCUACAAGAGGCAAUGGUUCACCAAAGGCUAUCAAUGAUGAUAUCCCUGCUGCCUCUUCCAGCCCUUACUUCACUCCAUCUGGUCUUCUUGUCUAUUUCCAAAUGAUGAGACCUCAGUACGAAUCAGACCGCAACAGGAUCACUGUGUAUGAUUUAGCGACGGAUAAGAGAAAGGUUGUGGCCGAGUCUUGGGACAGCACGCCUCAUGAAGUAGUGUCAGAUGGAAAGGUACUCUAUGUCACUGCUGAACAAAGAGGAAGGCAAAAAAUCUUUGCUAUCGAUCUCCAGACAGAACAAGUGACUGAAUUGACCAAGGAAAAAUAUGCCUCUGGUCUCCAUCUUCUUCCGUCUGGCAACAUUUUAUUUACCAUGAGCUCGAUGAAGCAUCCUGUGGCUCCUUACCUCCUCGAUGUUGAUACCAGGCAAGUCAAGCCUCUCACUAUCGAAAAGAGCCUUGCCCAGGCUUUGGCAGACAUUGACUUUUCUGAGCCAGAAGAUGUUGAUUUUGUUGGUGCCAUGGAUGAGCAAGUACACGGCUGGUACCUCAAGCCCGCUCAGUUUGAAGAAGGCAAAAAAUAUCCUCUUGCCGUCUUGAUCCAUGGCGGACCCCAGGGCGCCUGGAAUGAUAACUGGUCAACUCGUUGGAACCCUCAGGUUUUUGCGGGUGCCGGAUACGGUGUUGUUGCUAUCAAUUUCCAUGGUUCGACUGGAUAUGGUCAAAACUUUACGGAUUCUAUCGGCGGCAACUGGGGAUCUCAUCCUUUCUAUGACAUUGAAACUGGCGUAGGUCACAUCCUCAGCAAGUAUGAUUACUUGGACCCUAAACGCGUAGCAGGUCUUGGCGCUUCAUAUGGUGGUUAUAUGGCUAACUGGAUUAAUGGACAUAGUGACAAAUUUAAGGUCUUGGUGAACCAUGAUGGUAUGUUCUCUACUCUUCAAGCUUACUAUACAACAGAUGAACUUUAUUUCCCUGAAACGGAGUUUAAGGGGGCACCUAUUCAUCCUGACAAUAGAAAAUUAUAUGAAAAAUGGUCUCCUGCCAACUAUGUUCAUAACUGGAAGACACCUACUUUAUUUAUUCAUGGUGGUCGUGAUUAUAGAUUAACUACUUGUGAGUCUCUAUCUGCAUUCACUGCUCUCCAAAGACAGGGUAUCGAAUCCCGCUUCCUUUACUUCCCAGACGAAAAUCACUGGGUAUUGAAGCCUGCCAAUUCUUUAAGAUGGCAUAAAGAAGUGCUGAACUGGAUCAAUAAACAUACUCAACAAACCAAGAUUGCCUUACAUUAUCAAUCACUUUAAUCGAAAUGAAUGAGAAAUAAAACCUGAUUGCAUCAGUAAAAUAAAACGCACGUCGUCGUCUUUUGGAAACUAUGUGCAGUACUUCUAAAAAGCAAAGUCGCAGGUUCUGAAAUUCAAUGUUUCUGUUAGAAAACUGUCCGUCGCGAGCUUUCUUUUCGCUAAUUUACAAAACUUAUACUCUUAUAAUAAAACGACCCUGAGUAUGCCACCUGGCUCGCCAACCAAAACAACACCACAAGCACACCAAGUGACCUUACUUCAGAGGAAACUACUGACUUGAUUGCCCAGUUCGAACUAUACCAAAAGACCUUAAAUUGCCCUCGCUGUGAGAAACAGGGCUUCUUUCGCCGAAACUGCCACACUAAGAUGGAACCCCCGCAAGCUAUUUUUCGUUGUAUCGUAGUAGCUAUAGAGCUAUAAAUAUGAUAGGC